AAAUUCCGCACCUGAUGAUGCAGCAGCAGCUGCAGCAGCGGCGGCACAAGCUUUAGCUGAUGGCAAAAGUGCGGAGAAGCAGGUGGACAGUGCCAAGUCGAAUGGGCAGGAGAAUGAGGUGGACGACAGGCCGAUUCGCCUGCCCGAUGGCGGCAAGCACAAGAAACACAAAGUCCCGCAUGAGGUGCCAAAUGAUCAAGACGCUGUGAUACCAAUGCCUUACGACGGGGCCAAGGGCGGAUUUGGUGAAAACGGUCGACCAGUUGUUAUUCCGAAAAACGUCAGUAGUGCCAUUCAGAAAUUAAUCGACAACGGUUGGAGCGACAAUGCCUUCAACCAGUACGCAAGUGAUCUCAUGUCGCUGCAUCGCUCACUGCCAGAUGUCCGUGAUCCAAGGUGCAAAGAUACCCCUUACCCACCACCCUACAAGUUACCUGCCACUAGCGUCAUCAUCUGCUUUCACAAUGAAGCCUGGUCGGUGCUGCUCCGAACGGUGCACUCCGUCCUUGACCGCUCGCCACCAGGGCUAGUCAAGGAGAUCAUUCUCGUCGACGAUUUCUCUAACAAAGACUACCUUGGGAAGAAGCUGGACAACUAUGCAAAGAAGCUCGGAAACGUGAAGGUGGUUCGCGCGAAGAAACGUGAGGGGCUCAUUCGCGCUCGCCUACUGGGCGCCUCGGUGGCGACGGCGCCCGUCCUGACGUACCUCGACUCUCACUGCGAGUGCACUGAAGGCUGGCUGGAGCCGUUGUUGGCGCGCAUCGCCAAGGACCCCACCACGGUCGUCUGUCCGGUGAUUGACGUCAUCAACGACGGCACCUUUGAGUAUCACUACAAUCGAGACGCGGGCUCGCUGAACGUGGGCGGCUUUGAUUGGAACCUCCAGUUCAACUGGCACUCGGUGCCGGAGCGUGAGCGAAAGCGCCACAAGUCGGCCGUCGAGCCUGUUUGGUCACCCACUAUGGCAGGUGGUCUCUUCUCCAUUGAUCGAGCGUUCUUCGAGAAGAUUGGCACCUACGACAAUGGCUUUGAUAUUUGGGGCGGCGAAAAUUUAGAGCUAUCUUUUAAGACCUGGAUGUGCGGCGGUACGCUGGAAAUCGUGCCUUGCUCCCAUGUGGGCCACGUAUUUCGAUCGCGAUCACCAUAUAAGUGGCGUACCGGCGUCAAUGUGCUAAAGCGCAACUCAAUCCGUCUGGCGGAAGUGUGGAUGGACGAAUACAAGAAGUAUUAUUACGAACGCAUUGGCGGUGAUCUGGGUGAUUUCGGAGACGUCUCCUCGCGCAAAACACUGCGCGAGAAGAUUGGCUGCAAGAACUUUGACUGGUACAUCAAGAACAUUUACCCGGAGUUGUUCGUGCCCGGCGAGGCAGUUGCUUCCGGAGAGAUUCGUAAUUUCGGCGGUUCCGGCUACAAAAUGUGCAUUGACAGUGCUGCGAAACGUGGUGAUAUGCACAAGCCGGUGGGUCUGUACCCCUGCCACAACCAAGGUGGCAAUCAGUUUUGGCUAUUUAGCAAAAAUGGCGAAAUUCGCCGCGACGAAGCUUGCAUGGAUUAUGCCGGCCAUGAUGUUAUUCUGUACCCUUGUCAUGGCUCCAAAGGAAACCAACUGUGGUCUUAUGAUGAUGAUUUGAAGCAAAUUCGACACGUGAUUACCGGCCGCUGUUUGGAGAUGUCAUCACUGAAGGACAAACUGCUCGUUCAGGAGUGCCGUCCUUCAAAUGCCUUCCAACAGUGGAAGUUCUCCAAAUUUGACUCAUCUAAAAUGCCAGAAGAGGGCUUUGUUGAUGAAGACGCCAACUAA